UGAGUGUGAGUGUGUUAAUGAGUGAGCGUGAUGGCGCGUGCAUUGACACAAAGGACGUUCUAGUUUGCUCAUGCUUUCCUCAUGCCUCGCGAACUGUACGGAAGAUACUGUAAGCGCUGUGGAUGGACACUACCCGUCCCCAGAUUCUCACAAGAAAAUCCCAAUGUUUAUAGUGAUUUUCCUGUCACUUUCAGAGCGUCGUUCAACUUAUGAAUUUAAAGAGUUAAUUGUCAGGACUACAUAUUCUAAUCUCGCAACAAUUUCAGUCCUAAAUUACAUUGAACUCAACACUAGUUAUCAACCGUUUUUACUUUGUCGUUCCGCCCUUCGACAUUCUAAUUAAAGAAACAGGAAAACACAUGCAGAACUAGAGCCAGCGUGGGCCCCGCGUCUUUGUUCCCGCGUCCUCUUCGUAUGUUGAAAGUGUGCUUUCUGGGCAACCGGCCUCGGACCUGAUGUAGUGUAUUGUUUUCAUGUAAAGAGACUGGCAAUUAAAACUAUUUUUGUGCUACCUGAUAGCUUACGACCAUGAAAUAUAAAGACGUGUUUUGUAAAUUACCAAGAAUACUGAUGAUUGCCAUGUCUGUUUCCGUCAAUAGCCUCCCAUGCACAAAUGAAGCAAUAACAAGGUAAGUUUUUAAAACGUCUUAGUCACCACAUAAAUUCUUACAUGCUCACAACCUGGAUCAGAUACACUGUUUUACUUUCAUCUAGAACUAGCGUACUAGUGUGGUCAAGCUUCAGCGGCUGGGGACUAGAGGUUGACGGCUGCAACAACACUCAACAACAGGCCUGCUACAACCCCCUUGUCAGAUACAACCUUCUCCUGCCCCCUGAGGACGCUCACCCACACAACCCUAAAGAUGGGGAGGGACUCACCCUAACUGUCCUCAACCAAAGGAAUGCUGCUGUCAUCUUUCACAAGGUGUUCCCGCUCGGCUACUACUGGGCGCACUAUGCUGACCUACAGUGGCACUUGGAUCGCGUGGCACCCGGACGCAUCCUCGUCCUCACGGUAGCCGUCUCUGGCACUGUGGGGCUCCGCCAAGCAGCCCACCAACUCGCUGGCCUCGGCUCCCUCUUCGCCUUGCACCUCACGCCCAUGGCACACUGGACCUGGGUCUUCGUCAAGGGCGGCCGCACCAUCUCGGAGACAGUCAUCCUUCAAGGACUAGCUCAACACCAAGCGCACCUCGUUCUGCCCCUCUCCGAUGUACCCACGCCCACUGCUCCCUCCAAUCAAACGCUGCAACAACAACGCUGGCACUACUGCCACCUUCACGCUGCCAUGGGCGGACUUUGCGAUGAGCACACUCCGGACCCACUGCCACCGCCCCCGCCGCCUACCCUCCAGCACCAAUCCGCCCUCGCCGAUGUGCCCGUCGUCGUCACAGCCGGUGCCCGCCACCAGUACCUCUACCACACCCUCAAUACCCUCCUCACUGCCCCCGGGGCACAACGUAACAACGUGCUCGUCGUGCUUGGGGACGCACCACAGCCUACCACACAACUGCUACGUCUCAUCAACGUCAACUUCACCAAAGUUCCUGUUCACGGGGAAGGCAACCUCAAACUCUUCCGUUACUACCGUAGCGUCCAGCUGGUGGCUCGCACCUUCCCCGACGCCCCUGCAGUCAUUUUCCUGGACGAGGACGUCGGGGUCUCCCCAGACUUCUUUCCUUCAGAGCCAGACUCUGUGGCUGCUCCGCGAGGCCCCCCACACUCUACUGCAUCAACGGUUUUCUAUACAGGAUAUGAAGGUCGAGCAUUGAAAGUUCCCUACUACUUCGAGGAUCUGUUCAGGUUCAAUGGGGCUAUGCAGUUUCGCUUGAUUUUAUUAGAGAAGCACUUGCAUCCUGGGAGCAUGCCACAUUAA